UGUCAUAUAUAUACUCAAAUUAAAAAAAAAGAAUCCCUAGAAAUAGGGACUAGCAUUAAUAUGCACUAGUGCGUCCAGCCGAAUUCGCUAAAAAGCACAAGCAUCUUGCAAUUUUGAUGAAGCUCGUGUAAUAUAUUUGUCAAUUACAAUUGAAAACAAUAGGAACGUGAAGUCAGAAAAAGUGAAGAAGAUGCUUCGCGGAUACGAGGGUGUGAGAUAUAUUUCGGAUAAGCAAAUGGUAGUGUUUGACAUUGGCAGUGCGUACACGAAAUUUGGCUAUGCUGGAGAAGCGUCGCCGCGUGGUAUCGUACGAACGGAGGUCAGAUGUCCAGAAUCAAAGAAGAUACGCAGAAUUAUUGACUACAAUGAUGUCGAGGACUUGUAUCAACUUCUUGUGGAAUUUCUACAUCUGUUAUUUUUCAAAUAUGUCGUAAUAAGUCCAAAAGAUACAAGGAUAUUGCUUUUGGAGUCGCCAUUGGCGGUGACAUUGUUCAAAGAUACUCUCGCAAAAGUAAUGUUUAGGCACUUUGAAGUUGGCUCUAUAUUGUUUCUACCUAGUCAUUUGGCAACAGUUAGCACUCUUGGUAUUGAUACGGCUUUGGUAUUGGAUGUUGGAUAUCAGGAAGCAACUCUGAUUCCAGUUUUUGAGGGAGUACCAAUACUUAAAGCUUGGCAGGCAUUGCCUUUGGGUGGACAGAUAGUACAUGAAAAUUUAAAGAGAUAUUUUAAUAACCUGUCAAAUGACAUGGAUUUGUCAGAAAAGAUGCUGGAAGAUAUUAAAGUAAGAACGUGCUUUGUGACUACAUUAGAAAGAUCUGCAAAGCUAGGAACAACAGAUGCGCCUCCUCCUCCUCUCGAUGUCACAUAUCCUGGCAUCAAAAGAAUUUUAAUACCUGGAGAAAUUAGAGAAAAGGCAUUUGAAGUGCUAUGGGAAAGGGAUAACGAUAACCUCUCUUUACCAACCAUGAUAUUGGAUGCGAUCAUCAAGUGUCCAUUGGAUACGAGGCGGGCGUUUGCUGAAAAUAUAAUGCUCAUCGGAGGAACGACUAUGGCAAAGGGUUUUGUGAGUCGCCUGAAAUCCGAACUGCUGGCUUUAGCCAACAGCGAUCUGUACAAAACCAAGUUAAAAAUUGAAUCAUUCCAAUUCCAUAAGGCACCCAGUAAACCGAAUUACACGGCGUGGUUGGGUGGUGCUAUCUUUGGCACAACAGAUUUACCGUUGCGAUAUUUAACGAAAGAAGUAUAUUUGAAAACGAACAGAGUUCCCGAUUGGUCCUGUCUUAUAGAUAACCAAAAAGAUGAAACGUCUUAUGAAAUAUGAAUAAUUCAGCAAGUGCACCAUGAGAUUUUAUAGAAACUAUUUUAUAGAAAAACUAAUAAAUAAUAUAUAUUUAUUGCUUA